AUGCCAUUAGCAGCGCAAGGGGUAAUCAAUCAAACAGUCACACUCAAGUUAAUCGAUCAAGAGACGGAGCUAUAUAAAAUAGCGUUAAGAGAGUUUAGUCUUGGAAUACAAAUACCUUUUAUAAGCUGGAAAAUACCUGUUGGCGGGGCUCAUCUGUUUUGGGUAAGGUAUGAUGAAAAAGGAAAUAUUAUAGACGAAUUACAUGGAUUAUCAUGUGACAAAACUACGGGGCAAUUCAAACCGAUAGGCUGGAGUGGUGAUAUUUUAAAGGUAAUACAAUAUUCACAUAAAGAACAAAAUACUAUACCUAAUGUUGGAAAAUUUUAUGGAUUAUAUGAGUCAGGUCAAAAAGAAACAAUAGUUAAGACUGGCAAUGAAGCUGAAAUUACAGUUUGUUGGAACAAGGCAUUACAGGCAGCAGUGAAGCUAAAUUCCCUCAAUAUUAACUAUGAAUUGUUUGGGUAUAAGUUAUAUGGUAGAGGUGAUCAGAAUACCCAAGAAGGAAAUAGCAACAGUAUAGCGUAUACUCUUGAGAAUGAGGCAGUAGAAAAUACAAACUCUCAAAGUGUAGAAGGUAAUACAAUGGUGGAAGUAGCGGGGGGAGUGCAACUAAAUCUCUUUGGCCCAAUGUUAAGAAGAUAUAUGUUUAUUAGAGAAUUAAAAAAUAGAGGCUUUCUAUAUCAAUGUACAGAUCUAGAAAGAUUAACAGAAGUUACGAACAGGGGCAAGAUAGUUGCUUAUAUAGGUUUCGAUUGUACAGCAGAAUCUUUGCACGUCGGUAGCCUUAUGCAGAUUAUGAUAUUACGUUUAUUGCAACAAUAUGGUCAUAAAGCUAUUGUCAUUAUCGGCGGGGCUACUAGUAAAAUUGGAGACCCCAGUGGUAAAGAUACUGCCAGAAAUGCUCUAACCAAAGAAGAAAUUACUAAAAAUAUUGAUGGAAUCAAGAAUACUCUUGCCAAGUUUAUUAAAUUUGGCAAUGGAGCAGAUGAGGCUUUAUUGAUUGAUAAUGCUCAGUGGCUAGAAGCCUUAAAUUAUUUAGAUUUUCUUCGAGAUUUUGGUAGCUUUUUCUCAGUAAACCGGAUGUUAUCAAUGGACUCUGUAAGAUUACGUUUAGAGCGAGAGCAACAUAUGAGUUUUUUGGAGUUUAACUAUAUGUUAUUACAAGCUUAUGACUUUUAUUAUUUAAAUAAAGAGUAUAAUUGCUCUCUGCAGAUAGGUGGUAGUGAUCAAUGGGGCAAUAUAGUAAUGGGCGUUGAUUUAACAAAAAAGCUAAGGGGACAAGAGGUAUUUGGGAUCACUACUCCUUUGUUAACAACAGCAGCCGGUCAUAAGAUGGGUAAAACUGCAGGGGGAGCUGUAUGGCUGAGUAGUAAGAUGCUAAGUCCUUAUGAAUAUUAUCAGUAUUGGAGAAAUUGUCUGGAUCAAGAUGUGGUGCGGUUUGCUAAGAUCUAUGCUGAGUUUAAUGAGGAACAAAUGCAACAAUUUACGGCGCUUGCGAUUUCAGAUAUUAACAAUGCUAAAAAACAAUUAGCAUUUACUUUAACAAAAAUUUGUCAUGGUAAUCAGGACGCAGAGUUAGCAUUAGAAACUGCCACUAACGUUUUUGAACAAGGUCAAAUGGGAGCUCAACUACCAACAAUAGAUAUUAAAACUGAAAGGUUAGGUAAUGGUAUUUUAGCUUAUGAACUACUGCAUGAAGUAGGGCUUGUUAGCUCAAAAUCUGAAGGGCGACGCUUAAUUAGAGGAAAAGGUGUGAAAAUUAACGAUCAGGUAGUAGAGGAUGAGAGUAUGAUGAUUGAUAAAAGUUUUGCCGAUGAACAGCAAGUUAUAAAGGUUGCUUUAGGCAAGAAAAAACAUUUUUCAUUAAGAUUAACAUGA